UAGUUGAAACUUCAAACACAAAUUUAAUAAGCCUAUAGGCUUUAUUAUACUCGUCUUGUGGAAGAUACAGAUACAAGAAUAUCAUACCAUAUCAUGAAGGCUGCAUUGAAGUAUUUGGCAGGAAUUGCAGGUCCUAGUGGAUAUGGCUCUAAUUCAACUUCUAACCAAGUUACUGAAUUUUGUUUUUGUCCUCCUCAUCUUCUAACUGCAAUUAUCACUGGCGCGACGUCGGGUAUUGGAGCUGAAACAGCAAGAGUUUUGGCGAGAAGAGGAGUUAGAAUUAUAAUUGCAGCAAGAAAUAUGAAGAAGGCAGCUGAAGUAAAGGAGGUAAUCUUAAAGGAGACACCACAAGCUAAGAUCAUAAUUUUGGAGAUUGAUCUUAGUUCCAUGACUUCUGUUAGCAGAUUCUGUUCAGAAUUUCUUUCACUUGAUUUACCUCUUAACAUUCUCAUAAACAAUGCUGGGGUAUUUUCUCAAAAGCUUGAGUUUUCUGAAGACAAGAUUGAGCUCACAUUAGCAACAAAUUACUUAGGACAUUUUUUACUAACAGAACUACUGUUAGAAAAGAUGGUGGAGACAGCAUCACAAACAGGGAUUGAAGGAAGAAUAAUAAAUGUCUCCUCUUUAACUCACAGCUGGGUGAAGAAAGAAAGCUUCUCCCUUUGUAAAAUGCUCAAUCCAAAGAACUAUAAUGGCACACGUGCAUAUGCACAAUCAAAACUGGCUAACAUUAUGCAUGCCAGGGAAAUGGCAAGACAACUAAAGGAAAGAAAUGCAAGGGUAACAAUCAACGCAGUACAUCCAGGGAUAGUGAAGACAGGAAUUAUAAGGGCUCACAAAGGCUUUAUUACAGAUUCUUUGUAUUUUCUAGCAGCCAAGUUGCUCAAGUCCACAUCACAGGGUGCAGCAACAACAUGUUAUGUAGCUCUGAGCCCAAAAACAGAAGGUGUAAGUGGGAAAUAUUUUGCAGAUUGUAAUCAGAGUUUUUGUUCUGCUUUAGCAACUGAUGAAUCUCAAGCACGACGACUUUGGAAGCGGACUCGUACACUAAUUUCCAGGAGAUUAAAUCACCCAGCACUUUCAUAAUUCACUAUAAUUAAAUUAAUUAGCAUAUGAAGUAUAGAUGUAAAUUUUUUAUUUGUUUAUUUGGAAAUUUGAUACAUAAAAAUAAUUAGUCUGUAUACCCCUAGACAUUUGGAAAUAUGUGCAUGUAUGUUAUUAUACCACAUGGAUCAAUAAUAAAACAUUAUUGAUGUGAAUGUAUAUAUGGUAAAUAAAAGUUUAUCGGUGUUAAUAA